UGCUUGGUUCCCUAGUCUCCUGGUGCACACAAAAGUAGAAGAUGUCAGCAUUCAUGGCAAUUCAACCCAAAAUCAAUCCCUCUCUAAAACCCGCAAAUUUCACUUCACAAAACCUCCUUAAAGCCCCAAUCGUUUCUCUUAAACCCAAAUCCUCUUUGUUGCACAUUAGUUCGGCUUCCAGUCUCAAACUUAUUCAGAGUACUGUAAAACACAAACUUUCAGCUUCAGCAGCUGACCCAAUUCUCUCUGAAGGAGAAACACCCACAGAUAAAGAGAGGCUUGGAGUGGUGGUGAAGCCAAUGGAGAAACCGAGGAUAGUAUUGAAGUUGAUUUGGAUGCAUAAGGCAAUUGGUGUUGCUCUAGACCAAGUGAUACCAGGCUUUGGCACAAUUCCUUUGAGUCCCUACUACUUCUGGCCCAAGGAGGAUGCCUGGGAGCAGCUUAAAAUGUUGCUUGAAAGCAAGCCCUGGAUAUCCCGGAAGCAAAUGCAUAUCCUUCUCAAUCAGGCUACUGAUGUCAUCAACUUGUGGCAGGAAAGUAAUUGCAAUUCAUAGCGAGUUACAAAUACGGGGGGAAAAUAAUUUACUUAUAAGCAGUGUGGACAGUUUGGUUGAUAUUGAAAAGGUAACGUCUUUUUCAAUGAGGGCAUCUGGAGUUUGGUUCUUUGGCCUUGGCUAAGUUGCUUUCAACAAGUUAUAAAGACACUUAAGCACAAGCAGUUGUAGACUCCCUUUAGUUUUUCAUGUGAAUGGCUAACCUAUUGUAUUUGGGUUUGUUCUCCCUUGGUUAUUAUUUAAUCUAAUUCUUUGUUUAUUAAAAUGGAGGGAAGAGAAAAAGGUUUGAGAAUCACAAUCUAACGUUUUAAGUUGAUAGUAA